UGGUGAGUAAUAGUGGUGCAGGCAAAAACGUUUGUCCAUUGUCUUGUUCAGUUUAGCUGAGAGCGGUACACAGUAACAUAUUUGAGAGCUAGUGAAUGUUCAUGGGAUCACUUCGCGCUACUUAAGCGGUAACUGCCCAUCAUGCCGCCAUUGACGCUAGAAGGGGACUCACUCGGCGAGAAGCGCCGGCACUUCAACAAACUAGUCGCGGACGCAGUCGCUAGCAAACAUUAUGAACUAACGCCGAUUGGUGACACAGACAGCGACAUAGACAACCUUCUGAAAAUAGAAAUCGCGUGUAAAGCCAGAAAUGUAGACUACGUCAUCGAAGUAAUGAAAUCCAAAGACAUGCUGUAUGCGGCGACAGCUAUUAAAAAGUCCACGUGGCUAAUCACCGACCCGCAGCACGCACACAUCAUCAACCCUGAGUACCUACACACACAACUAAAACCUUACAUGACCACCAAAGCAUUUAACAAACUCAUGCUUCACGUCAGACUCAAUCUGAAAGAUGAAAGUCGAGUCGAAGCCUUUUAUGAACACUUCAAAGAUACAGAUAGCGGCUGUAAAUGGCUGCAGAACUGUUCCAUACCUUUCAUUGAAAAUGUUAUUAAGAACGAACGCUGCGUCCCAAAGUUGCUCUUCAAACGCUUAUGUGAGAGAUCUAGUAAUUUCAUUGCAUAUACUACACGUGUUGAGGUAUACCCCCACGAUCGAGGAGAGUUAGUUUUUUUUAUGUUAAAGUCCCAUACUGAUGACGUAUUAAACAUAUUAGAAGACAAAACAGUAUCAGAAUUCGGUAUGCCAGAAUUCGGUAAAAAGAGAACAGAAUUUCUAUUAAAAACAUGUCCACAUAGAAUAUUCGAUAAUAUAAAAAAAUACGGCUCAUCUAUCGACACCACUAUGCUUAUAAAACAUAUUAACAAAAAUGAAAUAAAAACAUUCCUCCACAAACAUGCAAAUGAAUUGGGAUACUGGUGGGAUGUCGAUAAAUUAAAAGAUUUCAUAAGAAAAAUGGAUGAAGAAGAAAGGGUAGACUUCAUAAGAAAAUCUUUUAUUGACAGAACUGACAUGAUAUUUGAGAAAGCUGACAUGAACUGGUUCGAAUCUAUGAUUCAUUCUUACCAGUGGUAUGAGUUCUUUCCAUUCGAUAUGGCAUUUACCAAAAUCAAAAACCUUAUACGAAAGCAGAACUCGCCAUCAGAACGAUGUGCCAUGCUCUCAGUUUUGGUUAAUAGUGCAAAACCUAAUGCAGAACAUAUUAAAACUUUGCUCACAUAUGUGUUUGAAAAACACAUAAAUGUUCCUUUUAAAUUCAAAAUCAAAUUCAUAAAUAAUUUACUUUCAAACGUUUCUACUCACGAGUUGGAUGAGGCAACUUGGAACAUUUUGGAUCAAAUAUUUCACAGUAUGGAUGUAUACACUGACACGGAGAACGAUGUACAACUGUGUCUGGAAUCUAUUAUUGUGCGUAAAGUUUUAAACGAUGAAGCUGUGCCAGAAGUCGUCGAGAAAAAGUGCACUUUUAAUUCUUUUAACAUUAAUGUUAAGACUUUAAAUGAAGAACAAAAAAAGAAGUUAUUUACUUAUGUGUUUGAAUCCUUAAUAAAAAAAAUAAAUCACAAAACAUUUGAAAAUCAAUCUGAUAUCGAAGAAACUGUUAACAAGUUACAAAAUAUACUUAUGUUAUUAAAAGAUAAGAAUAAAAUACUCUCUGAUUAUCCUAUUGUGCAUGAAAAAAUCCAAGAACUAAUUAAAAGAAAAAAGGAAAUGAAAUGGACUACAGAUUUAUCAUGUUUAUACAAUACGAAAAAGUCGUGGCGUAAGUACAUGUUUGAGGAGUCGCUGUCGCUCUCUCUGUCCGAGGAAACGUGCCUGAACGCUCUGAAGCACAAGCCACAGCUGCUGACGCGUCACGACAAACAAAUACACACGUUGCGGACUGACGACGCGGUCUCACUGCGGCGUGUGCUCGCGAAGCUGCGCGUCUACUGGCCGGACUCACUCGCCCGACACUGGACAGAAGCUUACAUGCAAAGUCUAAAUGAACUUACUGGACAAAAAGCUGUUAUUAAAGGUCUCUUUGUACUUCUUACUGCAAAACAAGUUGUAGAACUUUCAAAAAAAUAUAUUCCUAACGAUUUCAGUAUAAACUGGGGCGACACCGACCAGACCGAUAUUAUCAUGCGAAAAAAUAUUGCAAAGCAUCUAUACAUAGCCAGGCCACUUGUACCAUUGGAUACAGUAUUGUGGUAUGCUAAAGGUGAUUAUUUGCAGUAUUCAGUACCGUCGCUUAACGCAAUGAUACCCAAUUUGGAUGUAGUAGAGAGUGAGGAGUAUUUACCUAAAUUAUUAAAUGCUCCAGUAUCCUUACAAAAAUUUGGUCUUCAUCUAGCAUUUCGCAAAUUCAAACCCAAUGAGCUAAAAAGUAUUUUUUCUAACGUUUGGAACUCCUCAAAUAAUUCAUCAAUCAGAGGCGUUGUUUUUGAACACACCUACAAUCAAAUAUGUAUAGUCAAACAUGAAUCUACUGAAAAAGAUUUAUGGCAGUUAUUAAGCAUGUUUAUAGAUAACUUAAGCUCAGAGGAAAGUGCCGCAAUUCAUAAAAAGUUAAGUGAAGUUGCAGGUGUCCCUGUAAGUAUUCGAGGAGAUUAUUAUAUGAAGAGUUACGAGUACUUAACUUCAUUACCCGAAAGCGCCGACUGUAAAAAGUAUGUGAAUAAUUUACUGUCAAAUGCACAUAUAAUAAUGGAGUUUCUGGACGAGGACUUCGUAGUCAAUAAAUUAUUGUCUCCUGCAGUAUCAAAAUAUGAUGCGUUAUAUGAACACCAGUAUGUUAAAUCACUUGCGUGUUUCAUAUUAUGUGGUCGAAAUGAGGAAAAUCAAGUUCAGAGAUUUAAAAAGAUUAUACCUGUAAUAGACGAUUUUUUUCAGAAUUGGGACAGUAUCGAAUCAGACGACAGCUACCAAACAGGUUUUGACCAAUUUUUAUCAUUUAUGGUUAAUGACUUCAUUGAUUACUUUGAAAGAAAAAAGUUAUCAUUCCCUAUUCCUGCAAAAGUUUUUGCGGAAAUACUUAGUAAAAUCGAAAAUGAUUUGUCUGUAUCUGAAAACUAUGACAUAUUUACUAGCUGGAAGAUUGUAACAACAUACGUUACAUUAUUGAAUGAAUUAAUAUGUCAUGAAACAGACAAUGAUUGCCAAUACAAUGAUAUGAGACUAUUUCCUUCAUUCGGUGUAGCUGUAACACGACAUUUGAAGGAAGACUCUGAUGAAUACAGUCCAGUAGUACAUCACCGUUUCGCAACCGCUUUUGAAAAAGCUCUUUCAAUGCUACGCAUACAUGAUGACAAAAUGAAACUAGAAAUUUUGAGACAUAUGUUAAAUGACGAUGACUUUGUUCCUGCAUAUCUAGUUGUCUCCAAGAUUAUGCCAAAAGAUCCACAGGAUGAGACAAAACAUUUACAAACAGAAAUACUUCAAAAACUUAAAAUUAAUCCAUCGCCAGUGGUACAAGUACAUUUUCAUAACGAUUUUUGGAUAUAUCCGAUAGAUUAAGAAUGAUGUUUUCGUCUGAUGUAAUAUUAAAGUAUUUUGUAUAUGAAUAAUUAAGAUAAAUAUAAUGAUUUCUUAGAUGUUGACUGUAUACUAUGCUUAAUUAUGAACCUACCUAUGUACAUAAUUUAUCAAUCUACCAUUGUGUCAUUAACUUAAGCUAUAAUUGUUUUUGCAAUCAAUAAAACUAUUAAUCGUUCAA